CUGUCGAAAAAUACAGUCUGGCCACUCGGGUUUCGGAUCAGAAUUGUAAAAUUUGUGUUCGAAUUUCGUUGAAUUCAUUGUGAUUUUGAGAAGUAUGAGAUGUGUCGAGACGGCCGUGAAAAGUUGUGCUAUACUUUUUCUUCUGUGUGUAUUCCUAAUUCAAAAUGUUUCCGGUUUGCGGAAGUACACUAAAGAGGAUAUGAUCCGACUUCGGGAAGAGGUACGUGCCAUGUUCCAGCAUGCCUACGAUGGAUAUUUGAAGUAUGCAAGUAAAUACGACGAACUGCGGCCGUUGUCCUGCGAUGGAAUUGACACCUGGGGCAGCUACUCGCUGACGUUGAUUGAUGCCCUCGAUACGCUAGCCGUCAUGGGAAACUAUUCCGAGUUCCGACGGGUGGUGGGACUGUUGGAACGAAAAUCAUUCGACAGUGACAUCAACGUGUCGGUGUUUGAGACAAACAUCCGGAUCGUAGGAGGACUGAUCAGUGCCCAUUUGAUGAGCCACAAGGCUGGUGUUGAGCUGGAAUCGGGUUGGCCGUGCAGUGGGCCAUUGCUUCGGUUGGCGGAAGAUGUGGCAAGUAGGCUCCUGCCGGCGUUCGAAACCCGAACGGGGAUGCCGUACGGAACGGUUAAUCUCAAGUAUGGCGUUCCGUAUGGGGAAACCAGCGUGACUUGUACGGCUGGAAUCGGUACAUUCAUUGUCGAGUUUGGGGCACUGAGUCGCUUAACGGGAAAACCGAUUUACGAGGAAGUGGCAUUGAAUGCACUGUACGCUCUGUACAAACAUCGAUCCUCGAUUGGACUGUUCGGGAAUCAUAUUGAUGUUCAGACCGGUCGUUGGACGGCACAGGAUGCCGGGAUCGGUGCUGGUGUGGAUUCAUACUACGAAUACCUGGUCAAAGGGGCAAUCAUGCUCAACAAACCGGAUUUGAUGCACAUGUUCAACGAAGGACGAAAGGCAAUCGAUAAAUAUUUGAAGCGAGACGAUUGGCACGUCUGGGUUAGCAUGAACAAAGGGCAGGUCACACUGCCAGUUUUUCAGUCACUGGAAGCCUACUGGCCCGGUGUGCUAAGUCUGUUCGGAGACACGAGUGUGGCGAUGAAAACGCUUCACAAUUAUCAUACGGUUUGGAAGCAGUAUGGAUUCCUGCCGGAGUUUUAUAACAUUCCGAAUGCUGAAGCCGGAGCGAAUCGAGAAAACUAUCCCCUGAGACCGGAACUGAUCGAAUCGGUGAUGUAUCUUUACCGGGCAACCGGUGAUCCGUACUUGCUGGAAGUGGGAGAAGAUAUCCUGCGCAGUAUCGAGCACAGUGCCAAGACACCCUGCGGAUAUGCGACGAUCAAAAACGUUCGCGAUCAUCACAAGGAAGAUCGGAUGGAGUCGUUUUUCCUGGCCGAGACAACCAAAUAUCUCUAUCUGCUGUUUGAUUCGGACAAUUUCAUUCACAACGAUGGCCGAAUGGGCACGGUUAUCGGAACUCCGCACGGCGAAUGCAUAAUCGAUGCGGGAGGGUACAUUUUCAACACCGAAGCCCAUCCAAUCGAUCCGUCAAUGCUUCGCUGUUGCCAUGAACUGCCCUAUCAGAAUCUGUUUGCCGACUACAGCCGUGAGAAGUUCGCCGGGGAACGUUUGGAUCUGAGCCGUACCCGUGAAAUGGCUCCGAUGGAGGAGAUUCCAAAAAUGGAAAACGUGUCCGUUGUGGAAGCCCAACUGGAGGAUUCCAUCCCGACGGCUGUGCUGGAGGAACUGGGAGCUAAACUAGCCGAAGCUAGACAGGCUCUGGCAAAGAAACGUCUCGAGGAAGCAUUUAACCGGGCGCAGGAAUCACUUAAAAAACAACAAACCGAAUCCGUCUCUAAACCGGACAUGAAUGUAACUGCGACGGAUGAUAGUUUGAUAGUGCCGAUCAAUAAGCAAUCGGAUGCGGACGACAGAAUUUCGCCAACUCCUAUGGUAGACGAUUCCGAACGGAUGACCACGGUCAGUCUUACGGCUUCGGCUCGGGAUCCGGAUGAGAAGAGUUCCGUUGCACAGACGAUGCUAAACGAAAGUCAGGAACAGUCGGAUAUUGUGAUGAUAGGCACUGGGUCCGCUAUUCCGAUGGAGGAACCACCAACAACGACGGCGGACGUGGACGAGGAGGAAUCAAAUCCGGCCAAGAAGUUUUUCUCCGACAACAGUUCGGUUGAUGGUGACGGUGAUCAUCAGGUGAUUCCUCCCACCGUUUCGGACGACCAUCAGCAGAUGCAGAGGUCCAAAAAUGUCAACAAUACGAUUGCCGACUUCGUUCAAAACAUGUUCAAAACAAAGGUGUACCAUAAGACGAAAUUUGAGCCGGAUGAACUGCUCCGUCGGAUCAAGGAAAGUGGUCACCACCGGAACAGCAGCUGGGCUAGCAACUACGGGCUGUUGACGUGCAAGGCGCAACCCUUUCUGCAGAGGAUAACGCUGUUGGGGGAAUUUUUCUAGGUCGCGAAAAAUAAACUGAUGUACGAACUGCAAAAAAUUCGGCCACACAGCUACUUACUGUAGUAAUAAAUCAAAAUGUAUUAAGUGUGAAGGGCCUCAUAAAGAUAAUGAUUGCAACAAGGAAA